GCGGUGUCGCCUUCCACAACUAUCCAUCCCACCACCGCCGCCUGUGUUAGAGACGUAGGACUACAACUAUCAUCAUGGCAUCGGUCUGUGUAGCAUCAAGAAUACUUUCAAAACGAGUUUUGUCAUCAAAACCCUGCACGGCAGCAGCGCAUGGCACUUCAAGGAACUUCCAUUUUUCCAUCUAUGGAAAAAACGACGUCAAAGUGUCAGACGAUAUAUCCACCCAGUACCCAGUGGUGGAUCAUGACUUUGAUGCAGUGGUGGUGGGGGCCGGAGGUGCAGGUCUCCGUGCUGCUUUUGGCCUAUCUGAAGCUGGCUUCAACACGGCCUGUGUUACCAAACUCUUCCCGACCAGGUCCCACACAGUGGCUGCACAGGGUGGGAUCAACGCAGCUCUUGGAAACAUGGAGAAUGAUGACUGGAGAUGGCACUUCUAUGACACAGUGAAGGGAUCCGAUUGGCUCGGAGACCAGGAUGCUAUCCAUUACAUGACUGAGCAAGCCCCUGCUGCUGUUGUGGAGCUGGAAAACUUUGGGAUGCCGUUCAGUCGCACGGAAGAUGGGAAGAUCUACCAGAGGGCUUUCGGAGGACAGAGCUAUAAGUAUGGCAAGGGCGGGCAGGCCCACAGGUGCUGCUGUGUGGCAGAUAGAACAGGACACUCGCUCCUACACACACUCUAUGGACGGUCUCUGCGGUACGAUACAAGCUACUUUGUGGAGUACUUUGCCCUGGACCUGCUGAUGGAGGAUGGAGAGUGCCGAGGGGUGAUCGCUCUGUGCAUGGAGGACGGCUCCAUCCACCGCUUCAGGUCCAAGAACACCGUAAUCGCCACGGGUGGUUAUGGCCGAGCAUACUUCAGCUGCACUUCAGCUCACACCAGUACUGGAGAUGGUAACGCCAUGGUAACACGCGCUGGUCUACCUUGCCAGGACAUGGAGUUUGUCCAGUUCCACCCCACAGGUAUUUAUGGAGCCGGUUGCCUUAUCACUGAGGGUUGCCGUGGAGAGGGAGGAAUCCUCAUCAACAGUGAAGGCGAGCGCUUCAUGGAGAGAUACGCGCCCAAUGCCAAGGACCUGGCCUCCAGAGAUGUGGUGUCCCGCUCCAUGACCAUCGAGAUCCGCGAGGGAAGGGGCGUUGGCCCAGAGAAGGACCAUGUCUACCUGCAGCUGCAUCAUCUGCCCCCUCAGCAGCUAGCCACCCGUCUGCCCGGUAUCUCCGAGACCGCCAUGAUCUUUGCCGGCGUGGAUGUCACCAAAGAGCCCAUCCCUGUCCUUCCCACGGUCCACUACAACAUGGGUGGAAUCCCCACCAACUACAAAGGACAGGUGAUCACUCACACAGACGGAGAGGACAAAGUGGUGCCAGGGCUGUACGCCUGCGGAGAGGCGGCCUGCGCCUCCGUCCAUGGUGCCAACCGGCUGGGCGCCAACUCCCUGCUGGAUCUGGUGGUGUUCGGACGCGCCUGCGCCCUUACCAUAGCUGAGACCUGCACCCCAGGAGAGAAACUCCCACCCCUGAAGGCCAGUUCUGGAGAAGAAUCUGUGGCUAAUCUGGAUAAAAUCAGACAUGCUGAUGGAAACACCCGGACAUCUGAGAUUAGACUGAACAUGCAAAAGACUAUGCAGACCCACGCCGCAGUGUUCCGCACGGGAGACGUUCUCAAAGAGGGAUGUGGCAAGAUGGACGACAUUUAUCAGACAAUGAAGGACCUGAAGACUUUUGACAGAGGCAUUGUGUGGAACACUGACCUGGUGGAGUCGCUGGAGCUGCAGAACCUGAUGUUGAACGCUGUGCAGACUAUUCAGUCCGCUGAGGCCCGCAAGGAGAGCCGGGGAGCCCACGCCAGGGAGGACUACCAGGACCGUGUUGAUGAGUAUGACUACUCCAAGCCCCUCCACGGACAGGAGAAGACUCCUUAUGACCAGCACUGGAGAAAACACACUCUCUCUUAUGUGGACAAAGAAACUGGCAAGGUGACCCUGGAGUACCGACCUGUGAUUGAUGCCUCACUGAAUGAGGAGGACUGCUCGUCCAUUCCCCCUGCCAUCCGCUCUUACUAAAGACAAGCCUGCCAAACAUUAUUCUCUGCACAUGUGUGUGUUUAGACUUAUCCUUAUGCCGUCACUUUCUAUUAAGUGUGCUUAAAAUGUGUGGGAGAGCUGUACAUUUGAUAUUGUCAUUCUCACAUGCUGAUCUGUAAAAUAUAUGAAUCCUCCUAGUGGGAGAUGAUGCAUGUUUCUUCUUAAGGUGUUAUGUUAGUGAAAAAGAAAACGGUUUGGGUAUUUGGCCAAUGCCAACUGACUGUGUGAGACUGGCGAGAUUGAGUUUUGUGAGAGGAAGUUACUUGGACUCAUAGAGAAUUGCACAGCUAUGCUUCACAAGACACUGAGAACACAGUUAAGUUCAAAAGGCAAUAUGUAAGGUUGACUUUUGCUGUAAGAAGCUGUUCCGCACAACUGCUUUUAAAAGCACCACUGCUUCUAAUGUAAAGCUAGGCAUAUACACAGAGAUGUAUCGAUUAUUAUAGAAUUCACUUCUUUCACAUCAGAGACAUCAUAGUCAGAGUUCCUCAGAGUGUAGUCUUAUCUUCCCUCAAACAUGGCUCCAGUGUCAGAUGAAAUGCAGUGGUGUGUGCAUAGUUAUCCCUUUCGCAGGUCUUUGUAUAUGGUAGAGUACAAAACGAUUCUGUUGUACACCGUAGUAAUCCAUUUGUCUGUGCUGCCCACUUCUUAGUGUUUAGCACUAAUUAAGAAGGGACAAGAUUUAUUUGAGGAGGGACCUCAACAGUGCCUCAUCACAUCAGCUGUAGUAGUUCAAUUUUGUUUUGAAUUUUGUUGUUUAUUGUCUUCAACAUGUAUUUAAUUUAUAUUAUGUUUUUUUUUAUAUAAAACAUGACAACAUCUGAA